CUGCGACCGUAAAGGAGCUCCGGGAGACCACGUGGGCUCUGAGACCACCCCCGCGACCUUGCAGGGGCUUGGCCCUGCUGCUAAUGGCUGGUAGGGUGCAGGGUGCAGGGGCUCGGGCCCUGGACCUGCUCCGGGCUCUUCCCCGUGUGAGCUUAGCCAACCUAAAGCCGAAUCCGGGCUCCAGGAAACCGGAAAGAAGACGAAGAGGUCAGAGAAGAGGUAGAAAAUGUGGUCGAGGCCAUAAAGGAGAGCGUCAGAGAGGAACACGGCCCAGACUGGGUUUUGAAGGAGGCCAGACUCCAUUUUACCUUCGAAUCCCAAAAUAUGGGUUUAAUGAAGGUCAUAGCUUCAGACGCCAGUAUCAGCCUUUGAGUCUCAAUAGAUUGCAAUAUCUAAUUGAUUUGGGUCGAGUGGAUCCUACUCAGCCUAUUGACUUAACUCAGCUUGUCAAUGGGAGAGGUGUGACUGUCCAGCCACUUAAACGGGAUUAUGGUGUCCAGCUGGUAGAGGAGGGUGCUGACACCUUUACGGCAAAAGUUAAUAUUGAAGUACAGUUGGCUUCAGAAUUAGCCAUUGCUGCAAUCGAAAAAAAUGGUGGUGUUGUUACUACAGCUUUCUAUGACCCCAGAAGUCUAGAAAUUCUGUGCAAACCUGUUCCAUUCUUUCUACGUGGACAACCCAUUCCAAAACGAAUGCUUCCACCGGAAGCACUGGUACCGUAUUAUACUGAUGCAAAGAAUCGUGGUUACCUGGCCGAUCCUGCCAAAUUUCCUGAGGCGAGACUUGAACUUGCCAAGAAGUAUGGCUAUGUUUUACCUGAUAUCACUAAAGAUGAACUCUUCAAAAUGCUUAGUACUCGAAAGGAUCCAAGGCAGAUUUUCUUUGGUCUUGCGCCUGGAUGGGUGGUGAAUAUGGCAGAUAAGAAAAUCCUAAAACCUACAGAUGAAAAUCUCCUCAAGUAUUACAGUUCAUGAAUUUCCUUCCAAGAAAGCAGAGUUGUAAAAGUUCUGGAAGAAAAUGGACUGAAACAUACAUAUUUCUCAUCAUCUUAU